ACGGCCGGGAGAGGGUCCAUAACAAGGGGCGAGAGGAGCGAGGGGGAGAGAACGCCCAUCCGACCAAGGGAUUCUCUCUUCACAAAUCCUUCGGCAAACGGCAGGGACACGUUGCAGGACCUUAUUAGGCGACCCAGCGGACAUUCCACACGUGCAGAUGGAGCAACAACUGGAUUGUGCCCUUGACCUUAUGCGUCGGCUGCCCCCUCAGCAAAUAGAGCGCAACUUGAGUGACCUCAUUGACCUAGUACCAUCAUUAUGCGAAGAGCUCCUCUCGUCAGUGGAUCAGCCUCUAAAGAUUGCUCGAGACAAAAACAGUGGAAAAGAUUACCUUCUAUGUGAUUACAACAGAGACGGGGAUUCUUAUAGGUCACCAUGGAGCAAUACCUACGACCCACCCCUAGAAGAUGGAGCCAUGCCCAGCGACCGUUUACGCAAGUUAGAGCUAGAUGCCAACCAGGCCUUUGACCAGUACCGAGACAUGUACUUUGAGGGAGGAGUAUCAUCAGUAUAUCUCUGGGAUCUAGACCAUGGCUUUGCAGGAGUAAUCCUUAUUAAGAAAGCUGGUGAUGGUAGCAAGAAAAUAAAAGGCUGUUGGGAUAGCAUCCAUGUAGUGGAGGUUGUAGAGAAGUCAAGCGGUCGCUCGGCACACUACAAGCUCACGUCAACAGCAAUGCUUUGGCUGCAAACCAACAAACAAGGAUCAGGAACCAUGAACCUUGGAGGGUCUCUCACUAGACAGAUGGAACAAGAUUGCCCAGUGUCAGAAUCAUCUCCACACAUUGCUAACAUUGGUCGUAUGGUAGAAGACAUGGAAAAUAAGAUCCGGAAUACCCUCAAUGAAAUCUACUUUGGCAAAACCAAGGACAUCGUAAAUGGCCUCCGCUCAGUCCAACCCCUCCCUGACCAGAAGCAACAGGCUGCUCUCAGGAGUGAGAUUGCAGCGGCACUCUUAAGGAGACAAGCGAAAGGGUCCAAUAGCGAGAGUAACUAGGACCUCUCCUUCCCCCCUCUAGUUCAUGGAUCCCUCCCAGGUGAGGGCUCAAAUACUGUGAGAAUCGGGUUCUGCUACGUGUUAACGGCCUAGUCCUGUCUCCUCGGGCACGAAACACACGCUUUCAGGCCGCAUGCGACGGAACCUCUGCUGGGACUGACCUCAGUCAGGCGUUCUCGGUGAUAUGUUGAAUGAAACAUCCCAACAUAGAACACACUCCCCCAAUGAUAGAGGACUAGAGUGCCGACAGCUUCCUGAGUCACAGUGCAGGUGAUGAACAGACACAUGAAACCAUAUAAAAGUGAUUGAAAAGACACUUCACAUGUUAAAUAAGUGGCCAAUGAAUAUCUGUAUGUGACAAGGAAGAGUAUUUUCUCUGAAAGUAUCAUUCCACUGGGUAGGAAUGUAUAUUUCUGGAAGGGAAGGAGCAAGAUUAGAAAAAAAAUGCUUAAGAUGCUUGCGAUCAGUCUUAGUUUAUUUCCAAGAAGAGCAUGAAGGUUAUGGCUGUAUGAAAUGCUUAAAAUCAAUAAUAUAUAUCCAGUUCCUGCUUAAAAAGUAGCUCUACGGAUAACCUGGCUACUUCCCAGGUGAUUUUUUUCCUAUUUGUUUAAGUUAUAAGGCCAAAGAAUAAUUUUAACCAAAAAAUGGUGACCACACAUUUUAGUUCCAGGUUAUAAAAGUGUCUAAUAUUCUUAUUCCUUUGUUACUAGAAAAAGCAUGUUAUACAUCAAUAAAAUGAAGGGAAAAAGCAAGCUUGGGUGGUAAAACUGUAGGUGCUUUCUAACAAUUCGUAAUCCCAGUGCGUACACCUGUCAUGAUGACGAUGGGAUCGUCAAUAAUAAAUGGUCCAUGUACUGGCUAUUUACAUACUUGUGAAAAAAUAAGGCUCCAUUUCUGAAGGCCCAUAAACACUUAGGGUAUGUUUGUUUGAGGGCAUGUGUGGUUAAGUGUCUUUUUUUUUCACAAUUGGUGGUUUUCCUAUCUUUCGUUUUUCUUUUUUCUAGGUAGUUUAAUUUUCUGCCUCACUUUCUUCAUUUUUUUUCUCUUUCUCACUUUUUGUUCCCUUUUAUUUUUAUCUCUCUCUCCCUCUCCAAGGCUCUUCUAAAAGAAACGGUUAACUUGGUCUUUGUUUUCAAAAAAAGAAAAGAAAAAAAAAGUAGAAAUACAUAAAAAAGAAAAAUAAAUUAUUUAGAUUUAAAACGAGUGGAUUGAGAAGUAUCUAAAGUUGCCGUUGAUUUUGGCUGAUCCACGUACUUUUCCCUCAGAGGUGAUUUUUUAUGUGUGAUCUACUGUUUCUACUUUUGUAAGCCUAGUCCUCUUCUGCGGCUGUUAACACCGUGGCCACAUCAGUGAAUGGUAGAGGGACAAGCUUCUCACAAUCACAUAUUUGUAGAGUGUUUUAUUUGUUCAACAUAUUAUUUAUUCUAAUACCAAAUGCUUUAUAAUGACAAACCAUCUCUACCCUAGAAAGAAAAAAUUAUAUAUAUAUGCCCAGAUGAUUUGUACUUUGUUGAUUUGUCAAGCAUAGAAUGAUUUCAAUGGUUUCAUACACGGGUUCCCAGACUAUCCUUGGGAACACAGGUAAUGAGGCACAAUAGGAGGAUCACAUUAUCCGCCAGCGGUUAUUGCCGGACCAAGUAUGAUAUGUAAUUGUUGAGUCUACAGUACGUGGUUGUGUUGUCAUUCACUGAUGCUGCCACCUACCUAGGGAUUGUUAGGUGAGCCCUUGCUUCACGUUUGGGGCAAUAAGGAUCUAGGCAACAAGUGUGUUAUGAUUUUUUGGCUGGUCAGAUUCACCUGCUUUGUUGUAAUAAUUUUAAUCCAUAUGUGUAUCGAUUUGGGAGUAAACAUUGUUUGAUUUGACUUAGAUUUACACUUAUAUUAUUCUGAGUGAGCCAGACAAGGAUGUUUGUAAUUAUCACCAAGUGGUGUCUGGUUGCUAGUUAAUGCAACUCGAAGUUACCAGACUUAUCUAGCAGCUGUGGAUCUCUUUUAUAAAUAUUCAUUAAAUGGAAAUCAACUCCAAACAAAUAUUUAGGUACUCACUCUUGCCUAGACCCUGGCUAAAUGAUACUGUAUUUAUUAUUACCAGAAGUUCUGUUUAAAGUAUAUAAUAUGGAGAACUAUUGAUCAUAUCCCCCGUUGUAUUUCCUUUAAGGCAAUGUGAUCGUCUCAUUGUUAUGCAUUUGCCCUGCGUGGCAGACACUAUUUUUGAUCAAAGAAUUGAUUAUACAAGUAUUUGGUAA